CAGAAUAACACCAUAUCACCAUCUUAGGCAUCACAAUCCCCAAAGCGCUCUAGUCUCUCUUUUAAACUCAAAUACUAAUGUUUCUAUAUGAGCAUGUUACUUCAAUCCCUCACAGGCUGGCAGUGAUGGCCAAGCUCAGGGUGCCGGUAGGAGAAAAGCAGUUACAGAACUUCAGGGCGAUGGCCCCCGUUCUUCCCACCAACCAGGUGGGCAUCGCCUGGCCCUACAUAUUGAGCCUUGAUCCGCGAAGUCACCACUGUCUGGGUUGGGAUUGCCUGACUCCCGCUGAGCAAGCAGGUAUUAUCAUCAGUGCUACAGUUAUCUUGAUCGUUCUUCUCUUCGCCUACAUGUACUACUUGGGCAGAAUAACGACUGCUCACCAGGAAAUUGUGCUCCGCCGCCAACGGAGGCGUAGAAGACGCUCGUUCGCCCUCGCCCCGACUGUUUCACUAGUACAACUACCUCCUGUUCCGAGAUUCCCAAGCCAACAGGUCUCAUAUCAGCCUUUACUCUAUCAUCCCCCUCUCGCUCCUCUCGCUCCUGUUGCCCUCCCGCAUCUUCAGGGUCCUCCAGGGGUGAUGCCUCAACAGCAGAUCCCGGUAUUUCUGCCCGUCCAGCCAACUACAUACGUUCAACCACAGCCAAUAUUUCAACCUACGACUCGUCAGAAUGAGCCAGUCAGACCAUUGCAGCGUUCCGGGUCAGUUCCGGCUUCCAUGUCUUCAAGCGGUUUGCCCCCUCGCCACCCUUCCUGGCGUCAGCGCCUCCGUCGAGCAUUUGGGCUUCCUCUCGGAAGAGCUUCGACCGUGGACAGCGAAUCAGUUCCCGGAACCCCUCCUAUACCACAGCCUCAGCCAGAAGGCUCUCAUCAGGAAGCAAACGCAAACAUAUCUACGGAUAAACAAGCAGAGGCCCAUGAUGCACCUCGCAACAGUCAAGGCCUUGGGCGCAACAGUGGUCCCUCAGAUCACUCUCAGGGAAGUGACAUGAGCAACACAGCUGGUAGUGAUAUAAUCCGAUCGCCUGGUUCUGCUGCAGCGACAGUCCAUAGUGACGAUUACGACCUGAUUUCUAAUGUGCAGCUGCCGCAUACUCGUCAGAACGCAUCCAACAAGCAAGAAUCUCGCGGACAAACAGAUGUAUCGCACGCCAAUGAUAGCAACCCGUCAGAUUAUCACAACCCUUUGGCCAUGCUCCCCGCUAGACCGCCUUUCAAUCCCAUAGAAAGGCCACCAACUCCCACGCCUGUGAUGCUGGACACUCGACAGCAUAUUGACCAACUCGAAUUUAUGAUGCCCGGACGGCAAUCUCAUGCCUAUGCGCCAACAUUGUCUCGUCAGCCAACCAUUAGAACAUAUCAUCCUGAGUGCGAGCAGCACCACCGAGGUCGCGAGAUGCACAGAAGAAACUGGGACAGCACGUAUGCCAAUGCAAACCAAAUGACCGGAAGCGUCACUGGUCCAUUAACACCUCAGCCCACCCAUCAAGGGGGCGGUUUCUACUAGCCAUGUGCUUGGAGGCAGUACAAGAGACGAGCACAACAUGUGGCUUAUGAGUCUAUAACGUUUGAUUUGGAUUGCUUAAAAUAGUAGAGCUGUGAGAUAUUGAAUUGUAGGAUUCAGUAAGGAGAACUCAAACCUCUUCACAGUGUUGUACUAGCGACCUAUGUACAGUAACUAGAUCAUCAGUAAUAAGACUGUUGGUGUAUGUUUGGAGUGAUGUACUAUGUAACGGUCAACAACGAUAGGUUUCCCUCAAUAGUCAUACCCGACCUCGGCACGGGCCAGUCACGGGUCCAGGAACUCCGUG